CUCCGUCCCAUUGACUAGAGCCCCAUUGAAUCACAAGAAGGUCCGUCAAGAGGUGAUUUACAAUAAUGAUGACACGGUCAACGAGGAGCUAUCGCCACUUGCCAAGCUCUAUCUAGAUCUAGAAUCACUCAACCGAGUGAAUUGUGAUUUAUUGAAUAGCAUGGCCUAUGCCGGGGAUCGACUACGCAUUACUGCUCCCAAGCGAUCCAUCAAGCAGUUCGAGCGAGGUGAAUCUGUGACUGUUGCACAUCCCCAUGAGCAUCUUCGAGCACUGGCUGCUUGUACUACUCAUGGAGCAACGUUUCAUCAAACCAAGGGCGACAUGAUCAAUUCGGAUGAAUUCUUCCAAUCUAAAAUGAUGGAGCAGCGAGACGCAGACAUCAAGGCACUCAAGCAGAAGAAAGAGAAUACGAUGGCAUUACAAAAGGCGAAGGACGAGGCGGACGCAAUCAUUGCAGAAAAGGGCGAGCCAACCACGGAAAAUAUGAAAGAAUUUUCUGCCACCGAGCUCGACAUUCUGCACAAAUACAAGUUUGGAAAGAAGGGCCAGGGAAAGAAAGCGGAUGUGCUCAAGGCCUAUCUAGAAGCUCCUCCUCCGCUCAAGAUCGUGCCUUGGAGUCCCGAGGACGAAGAAGAGCUACGACGCUUGGAAACAGACGAAAUCCCACUCGAAGACACGGCACUCGCAACUGCGGUGCAUCAACAAGCUGCUGCUGUUGGUAAUAACAUCAACAUGCUCAGUCUGGAUGAGCGCCGAAAGCUCAUGGGAACGAUCGGAGCAUCUCUGGAAGAGGUCAAAGAGGUUGUUGUGGUGUAGCGAGUUGCAUGGUAACAGCAUUAAUAGCGAGAUUCAGUAAUGACGUCUUUUUCGAUAUCCAAAAUUGCCCACCAAAAAAAGUCAAAAUACACUCGAUAAAGCACUGUCUUGUCCAGAACCCACUUUAAUCCUGUACAAAUACCCGUGCCGAAAUGACUUUAGCUAGCCUAACCAGUCACGCCUUACGCAAACAUGUACUUCCUACUAUGGAUUUCUAUCUAUUACAGAUCCCUUUCAGCGACAUAGCAAAGGUAUAUGGAAUGAUGUAUCACGCGUCUAUCGGUUGUGGGACAUCAGCAUCAAUGAUUCCACAACACUCUUUUCCGUCUCGCUGGAAGAGGGAGGUCCAUCCUUCACUCUCGGACGCUUUGCUCUGUUUCCUUGCUGCUCAGUUGUUCCUGCUUCAUUCUCGCCAGGACCUUGUCUUUUUCGCUGAGCGCUCUUUCCGUUUUCACCGGUAGAGACUUCGCUGACUGGCUCGGACGAUAGAUCGCCAUUGCUAGUAGACGAAACAGCUCUCUCGGCGACGCCAACCGCAACGGAUGUGCUGGGGUCGCCGAAAAGUGGCAUUGGACUCGAAGCACCCGAGUCCGUUGCUCUCAUCUUCUUUUGAGGAAUGAACCGUAGGGAGCUGCCAAUGGAGAAAGAUUCCAAAGUGAAUGCAAUCGCGUCUAGCAGUGUUAAGCAAAAGCUCCACGGUUUCAGGGGCCUUCUCUUCAACCGGUGCAGGUGCAUCCUCAGGGAUAGCAUCGGCACUGGUUGUCUUCGACGACUUUGUGCCCUCCGGUGCCUUUACGGAAUUGCCUUUGUCAUUCUUUGAGUCAUUACUUGCAUCAACCUCUGUCGUCGGGGUGUCGUCCUCGACGGUCCUAGUUCUGAUCGACGACGUCACUUCACACCAUAACGACGUCAAAUCAUCUCUUAUCAAGCAUACGUUACAAGUCGGCGCCAAUGGCUUGUUUCGUCCUGGUCAGGUGGUGAAUAUGCGGCACAACUGUUAGCAAGACGGCGAUCGAAGUGUACUGCUGGCAAAUAACUUGACUUGAACAUUCGCACUUGUUAUACAUACCAUUCGAAUUUGAGGAUUCACUUGCUGAAGACGAAGUUUCUUCGCGUGAAUCGUUUGACUCUCGAUAGCCCGAAUCGUCCGAGGCGUUUUCAUUGUUGCUCACGUUCUUCUUCUUCUCUUCGAUUCCAGCGAGAAGCGAGUCGUCGGAAGAGGACCGAUCCUCUCCAAUGCCAUCGUCAUAUUGUUUUCUCUUCUUUCGUGGCUUUCCUGCCAUUGGGUGGUGUUGCAAGGAGCUCAGUCUAGCCAGCGCGUUGUUAGGAGUGACCGAAUCGCCAAGGACAUCAUCCUUGUGACCCGCUUUGCUCUUGGCUGACUUUGACAUGCUCUGAAGCUUCUUGUUGUGCCAUCGAACGUUGCGCUCCAAGUUCUCAUUUGCCUUCCUGACAGUCUUGGUUUCGGUCGAACCCGAGCUCGAGUCGUCGCUGCUUUCCUUUUUUGACCCCAGCUCCUUUUGUGCAGCUGCCGGGUUUGUUCUGGCACCAUCUUCUGAUCCACUGCCACUAUGAGCAGCAAGAGACGCCGACGGCGAUCUUGCAGUAGUACUAUUGGACAGAGACGACGCCACACGUCGUUUCACCCCCACACCUGAGGUAUCAGAAUUUUCAUUUUCGUCUGACGGGGGCUCCUGUUUGCUGUCAACCUUAACAACAGACAAAGGGAACGAUUGAUCCGACACAACGGCGGCGGCGCCUGAAGAGCCUCCCCCGGACCCUGACGAUGCUCCUGACACGUUCCCAUUCUCUUCAUCUCUGCGCGCCUUAUUCCUACUUGUCCCUUGUUGGUCUUCAUUCCUGGCAGCGCCCCUUCGAUUCCGCCUUGCUUCAUUGUUUGAUGAGCCAUUCGGCUUACCGGGAUUGGUGAGUUCAGUGACCAGCUUCCCAAGUGCCGCCCUCGAGGCGGGUAUCAGGACAUCUCUAAUGUCAGCCCCAAUAAGAUCAUCAAUCUGGUGUCGCAAGACUCUUUCCACUUGUGCGCUGCAGAAGGUUAUCUCACCCUCUUGUGAAAUAACAAUGACAAGAUCAGGCAGGAGCGACAGGAUCAAUGCCUGUCUUCUUAGGCGAGCAUUCGUCCUUGUCAUUUCUUCCACCAAUGCCUUCUUGCGAGCGCGUGACGUGCAUGCCGACUUCCGAUUGGCAACACGCUUGGCUGUUUUCUUCUCCUCCUUGCGCCUUGCAUCAGCCAACAGCAAAGCAACUGAUUGUGGAACCGGCUGCUGCAUCUGCCUAAGAAGAUUCACGUGGUUUUCUAACAGACAUAGAAU